CUGCUCGUCGGCUUUCACCAUUACUCGCAGUGAUGUGUUGACAGCGAGAGGCGACGGACGGCCACUUUUACUCCUGUAAAUGCAUGACACGGCCAUGUGAAGGCACAUUAUACGGCUCGGAGACAAACACCCCCCACCCCUCCACGACCCGAUCGUCUGUGGAGCAAAGACGACGUUACGAGGCCGAGGAGAAGGCAAAGGUUCACUGAUGGAACUCCCAGCCGCUGCUAGGUGGAGAAAACGACAGGGUGGACUCGUAAUGAAUUAUUAAAAAAAACAAACAAGCAUCUGCUGCUGCAAAAUAAGAAAGAUGCAUCUGCACCAGGUGCUGACGGGAGCCGUGAACCCCGGAGAUUGCUGCUACUCGGUGGGAAGCGUGAAUGACGUGCCGUUCACGGCCUACGGCUCAGGUUGUGAUGUAGUGAUCUUGGCUAGCGACUUCGAGUGUGUGCAGAUAAUCCCAGGAGCUCAGAAUGGGAACAUCCAGGUGGGCUGUGUGGAGUGCUCCCAUCAGCUUGGAAGGAUUGCUGCAUCCUACGGAAACACAGUCUGCAUCUUUGAACCACUCUCUACCAACCCAAAUAAACGCCACAAGCAUCUUAACUGUCAGUGGCAAAAGACAGGGCAGUUCUUCCUUGAUGCCAUCACCUACAACCUGGUCUGGGAUCCACAGGGGAACCGUAUUCUAGCAGCAACUGAGAAGCUCCAGCUGUGGGCUCCACCGCUGGCAGACGCCCUAAUUGAGGAGGAGGAUGGCCAGAUGACUGAAGACAAACGCCAUCCAGUUCUCAAUGACUGGAACUGUGUAUGGCAGUGCAAGACUGCUGCAUCUGUGCACGUAGCCAAAUGGUCACCUGAUGGAGAGUACUUUGCAACAGUUGGGAAGGAUGACUGUUUACUUAAAGUGUGGUAUCCCACCACUGGCUGGCGUUCUGCAGUGGUAGUCAAGGACCCUUCUGAUAAAAAGCCCCCUGCUGUCCACUUUUCUUUUGUUUACCUGGCACAUCCCCGCUCGGUCACUGGUAUGUCCUGGAGGAAGACCAGCAAGUACAUGUCCAAGGGUUCGGUGUGCAAUGUUUUGUUGACAUCCUGUGAGGAUGGCGUGUGCAGGCUGUGGUCUGAGACCCUGCUACCAGAGGACAGCUUGCUUGGUGGGCAGAUAUCUGAGAACACACACUCAUUUAGCUCCAGCUUGCCAGGCUUGGCAGGCAAUAAGGACAAGAUUCAGCAUGCUUUAGAGUCAAUUCACCACCUGAAGCAUCUGCGCCGGGGAAGGCGACGGUCAUCUGCUCUGGUAGCUCACAGUGAGCUGCUACCCUCUCAGCUUGGCACGCAAGACGCACACACUCACCGCCACAUUGCACAUCAUGCCAAUGCUUUGUGUCACUUCCACAUCUCAGCCAGCAUUAACCCCAACACAGACAUCCCAUCAGUGCUGGCAGAUUCUACAUUGUUCAACACAGAUGAUGGCACAGGGGCAGGAGGAUUUGUAGUUCACUGGCUCAAUAAUAAAGACCUAAGCUUUACUUCCUCUAUGGAUGUUUUUAUGCUACAGCUUCGUAAGCUCUCCGAACAGCAGCUUGACAAUGUCACAGAAUACACCAUUGACCCUGAGGGAUCCCCUAUAAAGUUUGACUUUGACCUGGAUGAGAUGUCUGACAAAGCCUCAUCUGAGCAUGGAGAGGAGCAAGAGCCAGGGGAGCAGGGAAGUACAAAGGCAUCUUCCCCAGGAUCCAGCUCCAGCUUGCCUUUGCCCUCAAUGCUGCUGGAGAGGAAAAUGGAGAUUCUAACCACAGAAUGGAACAAGAGUCCCGACAUGCUUUUCACAAUCCACCCAACUGAUGGCUCUUUCCUGGUUUGGCAUGUCAAGUACUUGGAUGAAUUCAACCAAGGCAUCUUUAGACAGGUUCAGGUGUCCUUCUCCUCGCGUAUACCAGUGGCAUUUCCUACAGGUGAUGCCAACUCACUGAGUAAAAACAUCCUGAUGUACGCCUGUACUUUGACGGAAAUGGAGAGUUCCAGGACAGGCGCGCAGGGCCAGAUGGUUCAACAUGUCUCCCACUCUGCCUCAGCCUCAGCUGGCCUUGGUUCACCUGUUAUGACACCUUCUUCUAACCCUAAACCUGGCAUUAGUCCAGCUGUCAUGAUGGUUUCCAAGCAUGUUGAUGGAUCUCUCAACCAGUGGGCUGUAACAUUUGCUGAGCGUUCCGCAUUCUCAAAUUUACUGACCGUAUCCCACAAGUUUCGCUAUUGUGGCCACCGUUUCCAUCUGAAUGACCAAGCCUGUCAUACAGUGCUGCCAUUGCUGCUCACCUCUUCACACCAUAAUGCGCUCCUCACGCCUCCCUCGGCUCCUGGCAGCAUGGAAGAAGAACAACUUCCCACCGUUCCCAUACCAAAGGGACUUCCUAGGAAGCAGCUUCGUAAUGCAGCAACAAGGACCUUCCAUGACCCCAAUGCCAUAUAUAGUGAGCUUAUCUUGUGGCGAGUGGACCACAUUGGACCCCUGUCAUGCACUGGAGGGGUCUCUGAACUGGCCCGUAUCAACUCUCUACACACCUCUGCUUUUAGCAAUGUUGCUUGGUUACCUUCACUUGUCCCCAGCUCUGUACUUGGAACCUACUGUAAUAGUGCAAGCGCCUGCUUUGUGGCAUCAGAUGGUAAGAAUCUACGCCUCUACCAAGCUGUUGUGGAUGCCAGAAAACUACUAGAUGAACUGUCAGACCCAGAAACAUCUAAACUAGUAGGGGAAGUAUUCAACAUCGUCAGCCAGCAGUCCACCGCCAGACCUGGAUGUAUUAUAGAGCUGGAUGUCAUUACAAACCAGUGUGGUGCCAACACUCAGCUACUGCAUGUCUUCCAAGAGGAUUUCAUUUUAGGUUAUAAACCUCAGAAGGAACCAGAAACACACAUGACUACCUUUCCAUCUAGUGAAGAUUACCAACCUCCCCCUUUUUCGGAGAAGUUCUUUUUGGUGGUGAUAGAAAAGGAUCUCAACAGGAACUCUGUGCUACAAAUGUGGCACCUGCACCUACAGUCUGUCCAGGCUUGUGUUGAUGAUAUCAGCCAAGAUUAUGGCUUCCAGAGCCAGCUAAUGGUUCCCAAUCAAGUUAUGAAUGUCGACUCAUCUCCAGAAACCUCACCUAUCAGGCCUCUGCCCCGCUCAGCCUCCACGGCCAACUUGCAAUCAGCCAGCAAACUCAUCCUUAGUUCCAAACUGGUAUACAGCAAACGACUUGACUUGCCCCAUGGUGUGGAGGUUACCAGAGCCACACCUUCUGCUGGUCAUCUCAGUUCCUCCUCCAUUUACCCAGUUUGCCUGGCUCCAUAUCUGAUUGUUACUACCUGCUCGGACUCUCGAGUGCGGUUUUGGUGCUGUGCUGUAGAGGGGGCUGAUGGAGAUGGUGACAAUGACCAGGACAUGCGGUUUUACCGAUGGGAGCCGUGGGAUCUAAUGAACGAGGAGGAAGACAAUAACAGUGCUGUGUUGGUGCCAGGGCGGCCUGUUGCUGUGUCUUGCUCCUACACUGGUAGGCUGGCUGUGGCUUUUAAACAACCACGCCAAGGACAGAUUUCUAAGGAGGAGUUCUCCAUGCAUGUGUCUAUUUAUGAGUGUGAAUCUACUGGUGGCUCAGAGUGGGUCUUGGAGCAAACUCUUCACUUGGACGACUUCAACAGACCCUCAUCAACCCUGGACCCGAGAGUCAGCGUGGACUCCAACCUCUUUGUCUACAGCAGAUCUGACCUGUACAUGUGCCGAGACCACAACUCACCUAACAUCAAGCACUAUGUCCACCUGGACUGGUUGUCAAAAGAAGAUGGAUCACACAUUCUCACUGUAGGAGUUGGAUCCAACAUUCUGAUGUACGGUAGAAUCUCUGGCAUGGUCAACGAACAGACGAGCAGCAAAGAAGGUGUGGCUGUCAUCACACUUCCUCUAGGGGGCAGUAUUAAACAAGGGAUCCGCUCUCGCUGGAUCCUGCUCCGGACCGUGGACCUGCUGUCCUCUGUGGAUGGCACGCCUUCUCUACCAGUCUCAUUGUCCUGGGUGAGGGAUGGCAUCUUAGUGGUGGGAAUGGACUGUGAGAUGCAUGUGUAUGCCCAGUGGCACCAGGACAAGAAGCCUGGUGAGGGAGAAGAGGGCAACUUGUCUUCUGCAGACAUUGCCGGCGGUCAUACCACAGCUUCUUCAAUUUUUGAAGGGAGAGCGAGAUCCAAGAGUGUUUUCGAAGGGAGCACUGCAGUAGAUGAGGCAUUACGUGCUCCAGCAGGACUUGAAGAGGGUGGACUUUUUGAGGCAGCUCAUUCCUUGUCUCCAACUCUACCCCAGUAUCAUCCCACCCAGCUCCUUGAACUCAUGGAUUUGGGAAAGGUUCGUCGUGCCAAGGCCAUUCUCGCUCAUUUGGUGAAGUGUAUUGCUGGAGAGGUCGCUGUGGUAAGGGACGUAGAGGCAGGUGAAGGAGGAGCCAGAAGACAUCUGUCCCGAACCAUCAGUGUGACUGGCAGCACCGCAAAAGACACUAUAGUAGCUGGUCGUGAUGGAGGACGGGACUACACCGAAAUCAACUCCAUCCCUCCACUCCCUCUUUAUGCACUCAUGCUGGCCGAUGAAGAUACUUCCUUCAAAGGAGCAGAAGAAGCUGUCAAAGGACCCAAGGUGGCCAAUGGUGAGGCAGGACAGAAGUCUACUGAGGACCAAUAUUCUGACCUAUUUCAGGUGGCAACAGUCACUACAGACGACUUUGUGAACUUUGCAACUGACAAACCAGAAAAGAAGUCCCGCGUUAUCAACCUUUCCCAAUAUGGUCCUUCCUACUUUGGACCAGAGCAUGCACAGGUGUUGUCCAGUCACCUUAUGCACUCCAGCCUCCCUGGACUGACCCGACUUGAGCAAAUGUUCUUGGUGGCCCUGGCUGACACAGUAGCAACCACCAGUGCUGAAGUCACCAGCUCCACUGACCAACAGUAUACAGGAGGCGAGGCUCUGGAUGAAUGUGGACUAAGGUACCUGCUGGCCAUGCGUCUUCAUACUUGUCUUCUCACCUCUCUGCCCCCACUCUAUCGCAUGCAACUUCUCCACCAGGGUCUGUCAACGUGCCACUUUGCCUGGGCCUUCCACUCUGAGGCUGAGGAGGAGCUGCUCAACAUGAUCCCAGCCAUGCAGAGAGGUGACCCACAGUGGUCUGAACUCCGGGCCGUAGGUGUCGGUUGGUGGAUACGCAACAUCAACACCUUGCGGAAAAUUGUGGAAAAGUUGGGCAAAGCUGCAUUCCAGAGGCACAACGACCCUUUAGAUGCUGCUCUGUUCUACCUGGCCAUGAAGAAAAAGGCUGUACUUUGGGGCCUCUUCAGGUCCCAACAUGAUGAAAAGAUGACUCAAUUCUUCAAGAACAAUUUCAGUGAAGACCGCUGGCGAAAGGCAGCUCUAAAAAAUGCUUUCUCCCUGCUGGGAAAGCAACGCUUUGAACAGUCGGCCGCCUUCUUCUUGCUAGCUGGAUCACUCAAAGACGCCAUUGAGGUGUUGAUGGAAAAGAUGGAGGAUCUCCAAUUAGCCAUCAUAGUGGCAAGGCUUUAUGAAGCAGACUUUGAAAGCUCGCCCACCUGCCAAGGCCUCCUUUAUGAGAAGGUUCUUGGUUGUAACAGGGACGGGAGCGGUUACCACUGUUCUAGACUUCACCCUGACCCGUUCUUGCGCAGUAUUGCAUACUGGAUCAUGAAGGAUUUUACCCAAGCCCUGGACACACUCUUAGAGCGCAUCCCCAAAGAUGAUGAUGAUAACUCUGAUGUCAUGGUCAAAUCUUGCAACCCUGUGGUGUUCAGUUUCUACAACUAUCUAAGAACACGCCCUCUCAUUAUCCGGCGCCACUUUGCAAGUUCAGAGGGUACAGCAGCAACUGUGGGUUUCACUGCUGAAAAGAGCAGUGCAGAUGAGAUCAACCUCAUAGAGCGCAAAUUGUUCUUCACCACUGCUAAUGCUCAUUUCAAGGUGGGCUGCCCAGUUUUGGCCCUGGAGGUGCUCUCUAAGAUUCCCAAAGUUACCAAGAAAUCUGGCUCAUCUCUCAGCAAAGCUUCCUCCAAGGCUAAUGUAAACUCAACCGAGCCACUGGAACAGAGCACAGGUUUGGACUGGGCUUCUGCUGCCUCUGCAUGGGGUGGAAAUGAAAGUGCAGGAGGCCUGGACUGGAGCCAACCUGAGCUCAAAAUGCAGGACAAUGAGCUGCAGCUGGACUGGGGUGUUGAUAAGGAAGAAGAAGAAGAUGAUGACGAUGAUGACUGUCUAACUAUGAAGAAACUUGAAACUGAAACUGAAAAAAAAUUGGAAGGAACCUCUGAAUCCAAACAAAGAGAUGACUCACAGGGUGAGUCUGAGGUAGAUGUGAUAGCUGAGCAGCUGAAGUUCCGCGCCUGUCUGAAAAUCCUAAUGACAGAGCUUCGCACUCUAGCCACCGGCUUUGAGGUAGAUGGAGGGAAACUUCGUUUUCAGCUCUACAGCUGGCUGGAAAAGGAGAUAGCUGCCAUGCAUAACAUAUGUAACUACAAGGUAGAAGGAAAGGAGGAGACGUCAGAGGCAGAGCACUGGGCAGAGCGAGCAGCAUCUGUGGACAUAUCAGAUGACAUGUUAGAGAGAAUAGACGCUGGAGCGUAUGAGCGUCACCAAAUGGAACGCCGUCGUCUUCAAGCUAAGCAGCAGCACUCAGAGAGGCGCAAGGCUUGGCUGAGAAAGAACCAGGCCCUUCUGAGGGUCUUCCUUUCUUACUGCAGCCUUCAUGGAGCCAAGGGAGGCGGCGUAACCUCUGUGCGGAUGGAGCUUCUGUUCCUUCUUCAGGAAAGCCAACAGGAGAUCACAGUGAAACAGCUGCAGUCUCCCCUCCCUCUACCAACCACCUUGCCUCUGCUGUCAGCCUGCAUUGCGCCCACUAAGACAGUUAUAGCCAACCCUGUGCUUCACCUCAGCAACCACAUUCAUGAUAUCCUCCACACCAUCACCCUCAUGGAACUUCCACCACAUCCAGACAUCAAAGAUGACCGGGUAAAUACCCUACACACACUAGCAGCUUCUCUGUCUGCUUGCAUUUAUCAGGCACUGUGUGACAGCCAUAGUUACAGCAGCCAGACAGAGGCCAACCAGUUUACUGGCAUGGUGUACCAGGGCCUGUUGCUCAGUGAGAGGAAACGACUCCGCACAGAAAGCAUAGAGGAACAUGUAACUCCCAACUCAGCUCCUGCCCAGUGGCCAGGUGUAUCGUCCCUGAUUUCAUUGUUGACGUCUGCCAGGGAGGAGGACCAGCCGAGGCUCAAUGUGCUGUUGUGCGAGGCAGUCAUGGCUGUUUAUCUAGCCUUGCUCAUCCAUGGUCUGGGCACUCACAACAGCAAUGAACUAUUUCGCCUUGCAGCUCAUCCUCUCAACAACCGCAUGUGGGCUGCUGUCUUUGGAGGAGGAGCAAAAGUAGUUAUUAAGCCAAAGAGGCCUGAUGCACCACCAGUGCCAGCUGAUUUUGAGGCAGCCAGGCCAGAAGAGUCUCUGGAGACACAAAGACCUGAGCAGGGCAGCCUCACCAAAAUCCCCCAACCCAUUCCCAAUGAAAACCAGUCUCUCAAACAGUUCCCUCCUCCCGUUUUACGGGGAGUUGGGCCCGGCACUGUGACACCAGCAACUAAAACCAGCUUGACAGUUGGGGCAGGCAAGGUGGGUGCAGAAGUCAUAGCUGAGCCCCCCCUGACUAAACCUGAAGCUGAGGCUAAACCAGUGAUGCUCCCUCAGCCCCCUGCAGAGGAUGUGGAUCGAUACAGGCGCAGAUUUAACAUGAGGAUGUUGGUUCCUGGACGCCCCGUAAAGGAGACACCAGCAACCCCACCACCUGUGCCCAUAGAGAGACCCGCAUACAGGGAAAAGUUCAUUCCUCCAGAGCUCAGCAUGUGGGACUAUUUUGUGGCCAAACCCUUCCUGCCGUUGUCAGAUAGCAACACUUUGUGCGACUCUGAUGAAAGUGGAGCAGAGGAGGAUGAUGAUGAUGAUGAUGAUGCCUUCCUUUCUGACACACAGAUGACUGAGCACUCAGACCCCAACUCCUACAGCUGGGCUCUGAUCCGCCUGGUCAUGGUCAAGCUGGCUCAUAACUGCAUUAAGAAUUUUCUGCCUAUCACUGGCCUCGACUCUGCAGACUUGCCAGUCACUUCGCCUCCUACCAAUGCUGUGUUGAAGACCCUGGAGAACUGGGAACAGCUUUUACUGGAGCCAAUGAAUAAAUUUGAUGGACCACCUCCCAAUUACAUUAACACUUACCCUACUGACCUCAGUGCUGGAGGUGGUCCUGCCAUACUGCGGCACAAGGCCAUGUUGGAGCCAGACAACACUCCUUUCAAAACAAAGAAUCACCAGUCUUUUCCAGCCCGACGCCUGUGGCAUUUCCUGGUCAAACAAGAGGUUCUCCAAGAGACUUUAAUUCGUUAUAUCUUCACCAAGAAAAGGAAGCAGAGCGAGUCUUUAGAGAACCAUAUGGACCAUGUAAGCCCAAACUGCAUAGCUGGAGCUAGCAGUCUCAAUAAGGUGGAGGCAGAUCUGGGCUAUCCAGGAGGCAAAGCAAAAAUCAUUCACAAGGAGUCUGACAUAAUCAUGGCAUUUGCAAUCAACAAGGCUAACUCGAAUGAAAUAGUGCUGGCCUCCACCCACGAUGUCCAGGAGGUGGACGUGUCUACGCUUGUGGCUGUGCAGCCCUACACCUGGAUAGGGGAUGAUUUUGAUAAAGAGUCACGCAGCUCUGAUGACAUUGACUGCCGCUCAUCUCACACCAACAUUGCCCAGGCCAGUUCUGUCCCGUUUGCACCACCACAGAUGCCCGUCUCUGCAUCAAUGCCAUGGCUUGGCAGUGGGCAGACAAGCAUGGGAGCCAGCGUGAUCAUGAAGAGAAAUCUAAAUAAUGUCAAGAGAAUGACAUCCCAUCCCAUAUAUCAGUAUUACAUGACAGGGGCCCAGGAUGGCAGUGUGAGAAUGUUUGAAUGGAACAGACCUCAGCAGCUCAUCUGCUUCAGACAAGCAGGCAACGCUCGAGUCACCCGACUCUAUUUCAACUCCCAGGGCAACAAAUGUGGAGUCGCUGACGGUGAGGGAUUCCUCAGUCUGUGGCAAGUCAACCAGACAUCCUCCAACCCCAAACCCUACCUGAGUUGGCAGUGCCACACGAAGACCUGUGGAGAUUUUGCUUUCAUCACAUCCUCGAGUCUCAUUGCCACAGCCGGACAAUCCAAUGAUAACAGAAAUGUGUGUUUGUGGGACACUCUGAUUUCACCCAGCAAUACUAUGGUCCACGCCUUUCCUUGUCAUGAGAACGGGGCCACUGUGCUGCAGUAUGCUCCUAAACAGCAGCUGCUGAUCACUGGAGGCAGAAAGGGCUUUGUGUGCGUGUUUGACAUCCGCCAGAGACAGCUGCUCCACACUUUCCAAGCCCAUGACUCCGCCAUCAAGGCUCUUGCUCUGGACGCCUUCGAGGACUUCUUUGUUACUGGCUCGGCAGAGGGCAACAUGAAGGUGUGGAAGCUAGCUGGCCACGGGCUCAUGCACUCUUUUGGCAGCGAACACGCUAAACAGUCCAUCUUCCGCAACAUUGGCGCCGGAGUCAUGCAGGUGGAAACCCGGCCCGGUAACCGCAUCUUUACCUGUGGGGCGGACGGCACCCUGAAGAUGAGGGUCCUCCCUGACCGUUACAACAUCCCCAGCAACUUGGUUGACAUCCUGUAAAUUCUGCUUUCAAUUUUGCGUGCCCAAAGAGGGAAUAGGGAAAAAAAGAAUCACAAAAGCUUAUAUAACACUUGCAAGGCUUUAAGAGUGUAAUAGAUGGGGAAAGAGCUGGUCAGAAGAAUACCUUACUUUUGGCAUCUUUCAGUGUUCAUAAGUAAACAGUUGAUUAUAUCUUAAGUGACAGAGCUGCAAAUGUUAGUUUUCCCAAAGGCUGAAAGCAAAGGUAACAUACUUGAUUUUAAAGCUAGAUUUUAUUGUAAUUUUAUUGAAGAAUCGCUACUCUUAGAGCGUUUUCAUAGAGAAGCUAUGCAUGUCCUGUUCUCGUUUCGCGGUGCAAUCACAGGUCUAUUGAUAGUGCUCUGUAAAAGUGCUCUGGCAAAACUUUUAAAAAUGUGUAACUGUCGUCAUUUUGUGCCCACUUAGCAUCUACUGUAAGCAGCACUGUGGUUUGUUCUUAAAUCAGUGGUAUCCAAGUGUGAAUCAAGUUGUUGGACAUUUUCUUUUUAUGGUUUUUAAACUCCUCCCUCUUUUAUGCCUGGCUUUUUAUCAGUCCUUAUGGAAGAGUUGAUGGUGCAUUGCUCCUAUAGUGACAUCCCCCACCCCACUGUCACAGACCACCCCAGUAACACACACGGACCUGUCUGGUUUUGGCUUUUGUGUGUCUGUCUGUGUGUUCACUUUCCUGUGUCUGCCCUCCUACCUGCCUCCAAAUGCCUGUUUGUGUGGCAGCAUCACUGCUAGAACAUUCCUGUUUGGGAAGAUGUAUUUUAAUCUUGUGACUGUGAUUUCAGUGUUUCCAUCUGUCUGGUACCAUUAAGCCGCCACAAAGACCCCCCCGCGCUCCUCCCUUCUAGUUUUGCACAAAAUUAUUAUCUAGUCUUUUUCUUCCUUAGUUUAAAAAAAAAAAUGGUGUUAUUUAAAUUAUUUGUGUUUGUUUCAUUGACCAUUGCUUUGUGAAACCGUUUAAGUGAAUGCCUUUUAUUUUAGGAAUGUAAGGGGUUUGACUUUACUUGACUGGGAGAUGUGCAACACAGUUUGUUGUGUGUAAAUGUGUGUUACCUUGCUAGUUUGUACCGGUUUAUUUAUAAAGAACAGAUAUUUGCACUCAAAUUAUGGAGACACUAAAGGUUUUAUUUCAAAUAAAUGGGUUAUUGAGGAAUAAUCUGUUAAAUACGAAUGAAUGUCUUGCUGUAUUUGGCCUAGUAGUCAAAUGUUUAAAAUUGUUUUAAUAUAUAAAUAUAUGAAAUAUCACAGCAGCUUGUACAAACAUGAAAGCAUUUGUUUAUUUUUGAUUUGUAUCAUACCAGCUGAAUUAGUUUACUUUUGUUAGAUGUAUGUAAGGUAUUUAUUAAACAAAUUUGUGUUUGGCUCCCCCCUUUCCGCCCACUAUGUGUAAUGUUCGUGUUCUACCAGUGGCCCUACUGGUGCCUCGUGUGUGUGUGAGUGUGUGUGCAUGCAACACAAAACUAGUAUCCUGGACAGGUGCUUACAAGAGUGCCGAUGCCAGAAAGAAAGAACAGGUUGUGGUGGAAGAUUUACCUUUGUAAAGUGAAUAAAUUAUUUUUAUUUCA